AUGGACGUCCAGGGUAAAGCAGAUGCCUUGGAUGGUUAUUUCGGCAGUAUGCACCAAAUAGAUGACGGUAUGCCAAGAAUCCUGAAGCUAGGAUCCUCACAACCAGAAUUUGAGGAGAUUCUGUUAUCGGAAGAGAUAGUGCGCCUGCAGUUGGAGGGUCUAGACGUCCAUAAGGCGGCUGGAUCGGAGGAGAUAUACAGGACCAAGGCUUUGUAG